AUGACUUUAAGUUUUCAUCGAUCAACGAUCAACAAUUCUGACGGCACUUUGUCAAUACGAAUCUAUCACAAUGGCGAUUUUCCCUACGAACACGUUCGUUCUGUACUUGGCCCACUUUUUGAAAAUUAUUAUGGUGCUGAAGGUCUUCGAAGCAUGGUCGAAAUGAUUGAUCAUAUCUGGUGUGCCUACGAUAUCUUUACAGAUCAAUGUAUCGCUUGCGCUCUUGUUCAAUAUGAACCUGGUCGUGAAACGCUUUAUAUCAAACUAUUCGGUGUGCGCCGUAUUAAUCAAGGCCAAGGUGUCGGAAGUCGUUUAUUGGAUGCUAUUCUUUCUUGGGCUAAACGGCAAAGAUAUCUAGCAGUUCUGCUGCAUACUCAAGUUCUUUUAUCAGAUUGUCGUUGUGUUGAACUUGAUUGUUGGGAUGAUGAUGGUUAUCUAGUUAUUUAUCAUGGUCGAACAUCUCUUAUUUAUUUAUCACCUGAUGACAAUGAAGAAAUUGAAGAUUCUAAUGAUGAUGAACUUAUUCAUGAUUAG